AUGGCGCUUGCGCUUGCUUCCCAUGGCCAGUUGACCGGCCCCUUACCUGUUGACAAAACCGAGGCAUACCGUGCUUCCAGUCCCCGCAUCAAUGACCUGGUGCACACAAAACUGGACGUAAAACUGGAUUAUGAUAAAUCGUAUCUCUAUGGCAAAGCCUGGAUCACGCUGAAGCCACAUUUUUAUACUGUUGAUUCCGUGUCGCUGGAUGCCAAAGGAAUGGAUAUUAAGAAAGUAGCUUUGGCCAAUGGUACGGUACUGUCUCCCCUGAAAUAUACGUACGACGGCCUGGUGCUCAAUAUUAGGCUGGAUAAAAAAUACAGCGCGGCAGAGAAAUAUACAGUUUACAUCGAUUAUACUGCAAAGCCCAACGAGCUCAAAACAAAAGGCAGCGAGGCCAUUAAAGAUGCAAAAGGGCUUUACUUUAUCAAUCCCAAAGGAACCGAUAAAGACAAACCUACACAGGUAUGGACCCAGGGUGAAACAGAAGGCAGUUCUGUAUGGUUUCCUACUAUUGACAGGCCCAACCAGCGCUGUACAGAUGAAAUCUAUAUGACGGUACCGGAGAAGUAUGUAACGCUGAGCAACGGACUGCUGACCAGCCAGAAAAAAAAUGCAGACGGCACAAGAACAGAUUACUGGAAAAUGGACCUUCCCCACGCUCCUUAUUUAUUUUUUAUGGGCGUAGGUGACUAUGCCGUUAUCAAAGACAGUUACAAAGGCAAAGAAGUAAGCUACUAUGUUGAGAAACCUUAUGCUGCUGUAGCCCGUAAAAUCUUUGGUCUUACACCAGAAAUGAUGGGCUUUUACGCGCGUAUUACCGGCGUAGAAUAUCCCUGGGCAAAAUACGCCCAGAUAACAGGCCGCGAUUAUGUAAGUGGUGCCAUGGAAAAUACCACGGCUACCCUGCAUACAGAUGCAUUGCAGCAGGAUGCACGUGAACUGGUAGACGGCAAUAAAUUUGAAGAAUACGUAGCGCAUGAACUGUUUCACCAGUGGUUUGGCGACCUGGUAACUACAGAAAGCUGGAGUAAUCUUACCGUAAAUGAAUCUUUUGCCAAUUACAGCGAGGUGUUGUGGAGCCAGUACAAAUAUGGCAAAGAUGCGGGCGAUGAUAAAAACCUGGAAGACAUGCAGGGAUACCUGGGCAGCCACAGCGAAAGCAAAGACCUGGUACGUUUUAACUAUGCUGAUAAAGAAGAUAUGUUUGAUGCAGUGAGUUAUAACAAAGGCGGACGCAUCCUGCACAUGCUGCGCACCUACCUGGGCGACAGCGCUUUUUUCAAAGGCAUGAAUCUUUAUCUUACCAGCAAUAAAUUUAAAACAGGCGAAGCCCAUCAGCUGCGCCUGGCUUUCGAAGAAGUAAGCGGGCUCGAUCUGAACUGGUUUUUUAACCAGUGGUAUUUCGGCAACGGCCAUCCAAAGGUGGAGAUCAGCUACCUAUAUGAUGAUGCAGAAGGCAAGGCCACGGUGAUUGUAAAGCAAACCCAGGAGGGAGAGCAGGUGUUCCGCCUGCCCAUUGCUAUAGAUGUGUACAAUGGAAAAGAGAAACUACGGCGCAAUGUAUGGGUAGAACACAAAACAGACAGUUUCACCAUUGCUUAUAAAAAAAGACCCGACCUGAUAAAUGUAGACGCAGAUAAAGUGAUGCUGUGGGAGAAAAAAGAUGAUAAGAACCUGCAGAACUUUAUUCAUCAAUACAAUGUAGCAGGAGGUUUUGUGGACAGAAAAGAGGCGGUGGACUAUUGUGCGAAAAACCAGGAGGAUCCAGCAGCCCUGGCAUUGCUGAAAACAGCUAUGAAAGAUCGCUAUGCCGCGUUGCGCAGCUAUACAAUUGGUGAACUGGAUAUCAAGAAAGAAGCCGUGAAGACAGCUAUAGAGCCUUUACUGGCAGAUAUUGCUAAAAACGAUGUGAAACCAACCGUAAGGGCAGCAGCUAUUGGCCUGCUGGGCCAGUAUGCAAAAGAAGAAUACAAGCCUAUUUUCCUCAAAGCCGUGCAUGAUUCGUCUUAUAGUAUUGCAGGUGAGGCGCUGGGAGCACUGGUGCCAUUAGCACCGGAAAUGGCCGUUGCCGAUGCAAAAGCCUUCGCGAAGCUGCCUAUGAAGGGCAAGUUGGGGGCGGUGGUAAGCCAAAUUUUGAUAGAGUCUGGCAGCGGCGAAGAGAGCUUCGACGUAAUUGCAGGCAACUUUAGCAGCCUGCCGGUAUCUGAUGCCAAGUUUGAAGCGUUGCAGUCGUUUGCAGAGUACCUGGGCACGCUUAGUAAUACAGAGAAAGUGAAAAAAGGGGUUGACAUGAUUGUUGAUUUGCGUGAGGCGGUGCCUGCGCAGUACAAAGCACAGAUUACGCCCUAUAUCAAUAAUAUGGUGCUGAAGGGCAUAGCCAAUAAGAAGAAAGCAGGUGCUACCAGCAGUCCUGAGUUGCAGGAGCAAAUUAAAUACAUCAACGAUAAAAUACAGGAAAAGAAGGGGUUUUAA